GGCCCUCUCUUUAGCCUCUCUCAGCAUACAGCAUUCCCAGAUAUGCAGCUAUACAGUGAAUGAUUAAUAAAACCGAAGACUAUAUGGUAUACUCUCCACUCUGUGUUCAAUUCAAAAAAAUUUAUGUGAUCAUGGCACAUAAGAUGAUUGAAGUGGCCCUGUGCACAACCCUACUCAUAGGUGUGAUGGGAGCUCCAUUUUUGUCUGAUGAUUCAGCAAAUCAAUUAUUACGACUUAAAAGACAAAUAUAUUCACAGGAUUACUGGGACCCAAAUCACAGUCAGAAUGCAGGGGGAUAUACUCUGGCUGAACAGGCCAGUGAAUCAUGGACUGCUUUGAGAACAACAGCCCAGUAUUACAUGGACCUGGGAUCUUUUGUCUUUGAUCCAUCAACUGCCCAGGACCACAUGAAGUCUUACAUGGAUAUGUUACAACAGUCUGGAGCUCAUCUUCAGCAGGAAGUGAACAAACAGAACUGAGGAUCUGGAAGAAAUACCAACCAUGACAAGAUCCACUGCUUUUCAGAUAUCAUACCAUCAGCUACUUACUAUUUCUAUAUUUCACAUUCCAUCCCUUAGAUGAGUCUUAAAUGAUGAAUUUUGAGAAAGUGCAUAAUGUGUUAUAUUUUAUAUUGUUAGCCAUCUAUGGCUGUAAAAACAUGUGAAGAAGAGAUCAUAAGAUCUUAGAUUUGAGCUGGAAUGGACUUCAGAAGUCAUCAAAUCCAACCUAACUCAUUUAAACUGAAGUACAGGAAAGUUGAAUGACUUGCUUAGGAUCACACAAUUAGUAUGUGGAUGAGAUAAAAUUUGAACCCAGGUCUUUUUGACUGUAGUUCCUUUAUUUUAUCCACCAUCUUUCAUAAGAGUUAUGGGAAAUAUGGGCAGAGGAAUAAGAGAAGGUUUCAUCUAAGCAAUAGCAUCUGAGUUGGCCCUUAGAAGAAUUCCAACAGGUAGAUAUGAGGGACAGAGGGAGAGAAGUCCAUUUCAAGUAUGGGAAAUAGGAUAAUUAAAAUUAAUAUUAAUACUAUAAAAUCUUUUUCUUCAUAAGCUGAUAGUAACUUGGAAGAGACCAAUUUUAGGAUAAUAUAGCUUGUAGAAUUAUGCUCCAGUAAUAUAUUCCUUUUUUCAUUCAUUCUACUAUAUAGCAAAGAGUAGACAGUCUAUUAAAAGACAUACUGUGAAAUUAUAAGGCUGAUUUUUUUUGCUUGGUUUUACUCAAGCAUCUUACUUAUCAUACUGUGAUUCAAUAAAUAAUAAAUUUCGUAUCUAUUAAAGAAA